AUGGCAAUAUGCAAAUUCCUGGAUGACGCAAUGCGGUUUAUUCGAAAAAACAUCUUGUUGAUUGAUCAGGCGCCUCUCCAGCUCUAUGCAUCGGCGCUUAUUUUCGCACCAAAAGGAAGUUUUUUCGCAGUGGCGUUCUCUCCCGACGGCAAGCUGGUGGCCUCAGGCUCCGUUGAUUACACGAUCAAGCUGUGGGAUCUAGCUACUGGCACUCUGCGGCAGACGCUUGAAGGCCAUUCUGGGCCAGUUCUGGCAGUAGCGUUCUCUCCUGAUGGCAAGCUAACAGCCUCAGGCUCCUAUGACAAGACGGUCAAGCUAUGGGAUCCGGCUACUGGCACUCUACGGCAGACGCUUGAAGGUCAUUCUGAUUUAAUUCAGACAGUGGCGUUCUCUCCUAACAGCAAGCUGGUGGCAUCAGGCUCCUAUGACAAGAUGGUCAAGCUAUGGGAUCUAGCUACUGGCACUCUGCGGCAGACGCUUGAAGACCAUUCUGGUCUGGUUCGGGUAGUGGCGUUCUCCCCCGACGGCAAAUUUCUGGAGACUAAUCAAGGACGACUUAAUACUGAGUCUCAUCAUGUUCGCAGUCUAUCGCAAACACCAAGCAGUCUUCAUAAAAAUAUACUAGUUACGAAUGAAUGGCUGACCCGCAAUGAUUUUAAUGCCAUUUGGUUGCCUGUUGAGUAUCGAGCAACUUCUUCCGCCGUGUACGAGAGCAUACUUGUUAUGGGACAUGCUUCAGGUCGAGUUACAUUUCUGAAGUUGAUCUAA